GCAACUGCUUGCUUCAACCUAUUGACUGCUUUGAUGUCCAUGUAUAUAACUAAUAGUCCAGUGUAACCUUCACUCCUAAGUGGGUCGUCUCGCCGGAAUUGUCUGGGUAUAUACUUCCCCGUCAUGUCCUCCCAGCAGACCUUCCACAGCUCUCCUCAAUCGCUCGACCUAAGAUGGCUCAGUUAGCUUUGCUGAUUGUGUGUCUCACAGCUUCAGUUGCUGCCGCUCCGUAUGCGGGUGCUACAAAGUUAGAGCGCAGACAGUCGUUGGAAAGUUGUCCAGGUUACACUGCCUCAAAUGUCCUGUCAAGUCCCAAUUCAUUGACUGCCGAGCUCUCUCUUUCUGGAGACGCCUGCAAUGUGUACGGCACUGAUAUUGAUUCCUUGCUACUUACUGUUACGUAUGAGACAGACAAACGGCUACAUGUCCUGAUUGAGGACGCUUCACAUGAAAUUUAUCGUGUUCCGGAAUCUGUAUUGCCGCGACCAGUUUCUCAAAACUCGACUGUGGACGAGUCAGAUCUCGAGUUCAGCUAUGGAGAGUCUCCUUUUACUUUCACUGUGAAGAGAAAGUCCACGGGAGAGGCCCUUUUCGACUCGUCGGCAGCACCUUUGGUGUUUGAAGAUCAGUACCUACGUUUGAGAACGGCUUUGCCAGAAGACCCUAAUUUGUACGGACUUGGCGAGCAUUCUGACAGUUUCCGUCUUAACACCACAAAUUACACUCGUACUAUGUGGUCGAGAGAUGCCUUUGGCAUUCCAGAAGGAUCGAAUCUUUACGGGAACCACCCAAUCUAUUUUGAUCAUCGUGAGAGUGGAUCUCAUGGUGUCUUUCUGCUGUCCAGCGCUGGCAUGGAUAUCAAGAUCAACAAUACUCAAGCAGAGGGUCAAUACCUUGAGUAUAACACCCUUGGUGGUGUUAUCGAUCUCUACUUCUUGGCUGGAGACACUCCAUUGGACGUGUCGAAGCAAUACGCAGAGCUCGUAGGUCUCCCAGCCAUGAACUCGUAUUGGAGUCUUGGCUUUCACAACUGUCGCUACGGCUACCGUGACUUUUAUGCUGUUGCAGAGACUAUCGCGAAUUAUAGUAGUGCAGGUAUCCCGCUGGAAACACAAUGGACUGACAUCGACUAUAUGUACGAGCGUUGGAUCUUCACUGUUGAUCCGACCCGCUUCGAAAUUGCUCGUGUUCGAGACAUUGUUGACUACCUCCACGAGCAUGAUCAGCACUACAUUGUCAUGGUAGAUCCUGCUGUGGCCUACAAUGACUUUGGCAACUAUUCUACCCUCAGUCGUGGCAUCGACCAAGAUGUCUUCAUGAAGUAUGACAAUGGUACGAUUUUCACUGGUGUUGUAUGGCCUGGUCCUACUGUAUUCCCUGAUUGGUUCCACCCAAACACGCAAGCCUUUUGGAGCAAUGAAUUUGCUCAGUUCUUCGACCCUGGAGAUGGGAUCGAUAUCGACGGACUCUGGAUUGACAUGAACGAAGCUGCCAACUUCUGCCCAUUCCCUUGCUUAGAUCCAGUUGGGUAUAGCGAGAACAACCGUUUCCCGCCUCAGAGACCUUUCCUGAGAUCUCAGCCUCGCGAGAUCCCCGGUUUUCCGGCCGAAUUCCAACCCGGCGCUCAGGACUAUCCGCCAGACAGCUUACCUUACAACGAUCCGAAUCUUGCGCCUCCUGCAAGUCCUAACUCCGGUCCAAACAACAAGCGCCAAGCGUCCGAGAUUCCAGGUCAAUCAUUCAGUGCAGAAUUGACUACUCCAGUUGGCGUGGAAGGGCGCAAUCUGCUCGCACCUCCAUAUCGUAUCAAUAAUGCAAACACCUUCCAGGAUAUUGGUGGUAAUAGUAAUCAAACAAUUCGGACAGACCUUCACCAUUAUCAUGGGCUGGCUGAUCUUGAUGUUCACAAUCUGUAUGGAACAAUGAUGUCUGAAGCAUCGCGAGGAGCUAUGAUCGACCGUCGUCCUAAGCUGCGACCCUUGGUUAUAACGCGAAGCACUUUUGCUGGUGCCGGUCGUAAGACGGGCAAGUGGCUAGGAGAUAAUCUCUCAAUAUGGGAUCAUUAUCGGAACCAGAUCCAGGGUAUGCUUGACUUUAGUGCCAUAUACCAGGUCCCCAUGGUAGGCUCUGAUGUCUGUGGCUUUGGUCAAAACACGACUGAGACGCUUUGUGCUCGUUGGGCAAUGUUGGGAGCUUUCAAUCCUUUUUACCGCAACCACAACCAGGACAGCGCCCUGCCACAGGAAUUCUACAUCUGGCCAUCCGUCACUGCUGCCGCGAAGAAAGCCAUUGAUAUCCGCUACCGCUUGUUGGACUACUUCUACACUGCCUUGUACGAGCAAACUCUUGACGGAACACCCUCUCUAAACCCUCUUUUCUUCAAGUACCCAACGGAUUCUGAGACCUUUGGUAACGCUUUACAGUUUUUCUACGGCCCCAGCAUUCUUGUCAGUCCAGUCACGGAAGAGAACUCGACCAGCGUCUCGAUCUACAUACCCAAAGAUACUCUAUAUGAUUUCUACACAUAUGAGAAGGUUGACGGCCAGGGUGAGUGGGUCAAUCUGACCGAUGUAGCCUUCGAUCACAUCCCACUUCACAUCAAGGGUGGUUCCAUCAUCCCCUUCCGCAGUGAAAGCGCCAUGACUACCACAGAAGUACGUACUAAGCCUUUCGACGUCGUCAUUGCCCCUGGCUCGGACGGGAAUGCAUCUGGCUCGCUAUACCUGGACGACGGUGUCUCCAUUGAGCAGGAGCAUGGUUGGACGUACCUCAAAUUCUCAUACAACAGCAAUGAAUUGCACAUCACCGGCGGAUUCGGUUAUCAAGAAGAGGGCAACAAGAUCGCCAAGUUCACUGUUCUGGGCGUCGAGUCCGCGCCGGCAGUCGUUACUGUCAGCAAGAAGGGCGAGUACAAUCUCCAGUCGAGUGGUGGAUCUGGUUGUUAUACAUUCGACGCGGGCAGGAACGUACUAACCAUUACGGCGGAAAUUCCGUUGGAUGCCAAUACCACAAUUUCGUGGCACUGAGUAUAGUGUAUAAACAACUCA